CGUACAACGCGCAUGCGCUGUGCAGGAAAUAUUUCAUGUGUUUCACGUCGAGUCCGGUCGGUGGAGGUCACAGGCAUUUGAGUAAACUCAGGAGGUUGCUGUCAUGUCCAAGUUGUUCGAGUCCAUUGGGAAGGUUGGGAUUGCCCUCGCCAUCGGUGGAAGUAUUGUGAACUCAGCCCUCUUUAACGUUGAUGCAGGGCACCGGGCUGUUAUAUUCGACAGGUUUCGGGGAGUACAAGAGGAAGUUGUUGGUGAAGGAACUCACUUCUUCAUCCCCUGGGUUCAGAAACCCAUCCUCUUUGACUGCCGAUCCCGCCCACGCAACGUGCCCGUCAUCACGGGCAGCAAAGAUCUACAGAAUGUUAACAUCACACUGCGUAUCCUCUUCCGACCGGUGACGACUAACCUGCCACGAAUCUUCACCAGCAUUGGUGAAGACUAUGAUGAGAGGGUGCUACCAUCUAUCACCACAGAGGUCUUAAAGUCUGUUGUUGCUAGGUUUGAUGCUGGCGAGCUGAUCACUCAGAGAGAGCUCGUGUCCCGGCAGGUCAGUGAGGACCUCACAGAAAGAGCGUCCACCUUCGGCCUCAUCUUGGAUGAUGUAUCACUGACACAUUUGACCUUUGGCAAAGAAUUCACCGAGGCUGUUGAGAUGAAACAGGUGGCCCAGCAGGAUGCUGAGAGAGCUCGUUUUGUUGUGGAAAAGGCAGAGCAACAGAAGCAGGCGGCGAUCAUCUCAGCUGAGGGAGAUUCUCAGGCUGCUUUGCUCAUUGCCAACUCCCUGAUGGAGGCUGGUGAUGGUUUGGUUGAGCUCCGUAAACUGGAGGCAGCUGAGGAAAUCGCCCAACAGCUCUCACGCUCCCGGAACAUCACUUACCUGCCCCCUGGACAGGGCACAUUGCUUCAACUGCCCCAGUGAUCGCUUCCUGUUUGUCCCACUCUCACGUAACCAGCUAUAACCUGAGCUUUGAAGGUGCGGGCUGGAAGAUUCAAUAGCUAUUUUCAAUCUUCACAUGCAUUCCUCCCACUCUUUGUCAAACCAACACCAGACUGGGCUCGGCUGAUGGCAGCACAGUGAGAGUGUGAGGUUUGUGACGAAAACAUUUAUGAAGUCCACCCUCGUGUAUAGAAGCGGUGGGGUUAAUGUCCCGUCUUUAAAUACUUAUGUUGAUGUAGUUCGUACUUUAAGAAUAAUCUCCAGAGCAGCGUUUCUUCAGAAUAAGAGCACUGCAUGAGUGUGUAAACAAGAUGUUUGAUUCCUGUGAAAAACAUCAAUAAGUUGUGCUGGAAAGUUUAACAGUCGUCACGUGUGAAGUAAAAGACCAUUUCUUGGUUUUAUUUUUCAAAAUGAUUUCUUUGAGUAACGUUGCCACCCUGUAUUAAUUGGAAUUUGCCUUUCUGACAGUAGAGGACAACUUCUGUACAGUUGCUGUCUUUAUUUUCUGACAUCAUAAGCUUCAGGAUUCAGAAAUGGCUAAACUUAAUAAAAAAUAUCUCGCUACCUUCCA